GCUGAGUACUGCUCUGAGUAGUGAAGUAGCAGUGCGCAGUAAUAAUAGCAGCAUAGACGAUUAGUCGUGAAGCAAUUAUAGGGAUGUUCUUAGUAGUACUCUGUAGAGUGCGAGAGAUCAAGAGACCAGCGGGGAUUGUUGGAGACCUUUAUAAAUAGACCCAUUGCUGCUUCCCCAACGGCUGUCAUUCUUUUACUUAUUUUUUUCUCCCUUCAUUCUCAUAAUUAUCUCUCUUCUACACGAAAUACCCAAUUUUCUCCUGAUAUUUGGGACACCUGCGUGCUACUGUACCUUUUUUGUACUACUCCACUUGACAUCUGAGCCAAGAAUUCUGCAUUCUUAUCGAUCGAGAUGUCUUUCUCCGGCCGCCGCCUGAGUAUUCUGUCCCCCUCCAACCGCCGUUUCUCUGCGGGAAAGGACCUUUCUUUGAAUGAACUCCGCUCUGAAACUCAUCGUCAAUUCCGUGCUGCCCACGAAGGUCACCGUCCCCAUGCCGGUCUCGAUGCCUCCCGUGCCUCCACCGGCGUUGUCUGGUGUACAGAACGCGCGACCGAACACGGCUAUGCCGAGGACCCUUCUAGCUGGGCCAACCUAGGCCAGGGCGCUCCUGAAGCCGACGAUGAGAUCGAGGGCAGUUUCCCUCGUCCCACCUCCAUCCCCAUCACGUCUGCCUCGCGCGAAUACGGCCCGACCGCGGGUAUCAAGCCCCUCCGUGCUGCAGUGGCCCGCAUGUACAACGAGCAUUAUCGCCAGGGAAAGCCUAGUCAGUACACUUGGGAGAAUGUUUGUAUCGUGCCUGGUGGACGGGCGGGGCUGAUUCGGAUUGCGGCCAUCCUGGGCAAUUCGUACCUGUCGUUUCCCAUUCCGGAUUACUCGGCAUACUCGGAGAUGUUGACGCUUUUCAAGAACAUCGCUCCUAUUCCUAUUCCCUUGGCCGAAGAAGACCACUAUCACAUUCACCCCGACAAAAUCGCCGAGGAAAUUGCUCGUGGUACAUCGGUGCUUCUCACGUCUAACCCCCGCAAUCCUACCGGACAUUUUGUGUCCAAUGAAGAGCUGGCCAAGAUCCAGGACAUCUGCAGAGAUCGCGCUACGCUGAUCCUGGAUGAAUUCUAUGGUGGUUACAACUACACUACUGACUGCGAUGGAUCGACUAUCAGUGGUGCUGCUAACGUGGAGGACGUCGACCAAGAUGACGUGCUUCUGAUUGACGGUCUUACCAAGCGUUUCCGUCUCCCCGGAUGGCGUAUUGCGUGGGUGGUUGGUCCUAAGGAAUUCGUCAAUGCUCUGGGCUCCGCUGGUUCGUACCUGGAUGGUGGUGCCAACGUUCCCUUCCAGGAGGCCGCCAUCCCCAUGAUGGAACCCUCGCUCGUGCACGCAGAGAUGAAGGCCCUUCAGCAGCACUUCCGUGAGAAGCGCGACUAUGUCUUGAAGCGUCUGCAUGACAUCGGAUUCCGCGUUCGCGACGUUCCUCAAGCCACCUUUUACAUCUGGCUCGAUCUCACUUCUCUCGACCCCCCUCUGCCCGCGGAGGCCAACAUCUCGGACGGCCUGAACUUCUUCAAUGCGCUGCUAUAUGAGAAGGUCAUUGUUGUCCCUGGUAUCUUCUUCGACCUGAACCCAGCCAAGCGUCGUGACCUGUUCGAUAGUCCUUGCCACCACUUUGUUCGUUUGAGUUACGGGCCCAAGAUGGAUGUGUUGGAGAAGGGUCUGGAUGGUAUUGAGCGGGUCGUUCGUCGCGCUCGGGGAGAGCCUGUUGAUGAGGAGGCUGUUGCAGAUGAGUAAUUUAGCGUGUAAUAAGAUAGACAUAUUAGAUAGCAAUCAUGGGACUAUUACUUUGUUUAAUUGUGUCUUACAUGAUCACGUGACGUUCCAGACCAUAUCGCCCUUCCCCUU